AUGUCGUCUUACACCUCAAAAUGUUUUGGAGAAUCAAAUACAGCUGAUUUUCGCAUGUUUUUCUACUCUAACGAUGGUCCUAUUUCACCAUUCCAUGAUAUUCCACUUCGAAGUUCUCCUGAUGCCUUUAAUAUGGUUGUUGAGAUUCCACGUUGGACCAAUGCUAAGAUGGAGAUAUGCAAAGAGGAACUUCUUAAUCCAAUUAAGCAAGACGUAAAGAAGGGCAAACUCCGCUAUGUUAACAACGUUUUCCCUCACAAAGGUUACAUUUGGAAUUACGGUGCUUUGCCUCAAACGUAUGAAGAUCCAGCUCAUGUGGACGUAAAUACCAAGUCUAAGGGUGAUAAUGACCCUAUUGACGUUUGUGAAAUUGGUAACCGAAUUUUUCCAAGCGGAAGUGUUAUCAAAGUCAAAGUCCUCGGUAUCCUUGCUAUGAUUGAUGAAGGCGAAACUGAUUGGAAAGUCAUUGCUAUAAAUGUCGAAGAUCCGCUUUCUGAGAAACUGAAUGACAUUGCAGACGUCGAGAAGCACAUGCCUGGGUUCCUUGAUGCAACAAAGGAUUGGUUCCGUAAUUACAAGGUGCCAACUGGUAAGCCUAAAAAUACUUUCGCUUUCAAUGAAGAGUACAAAGACAAAGCCUUUGCUCUCAAAAUCAUCGAGGAAACCCAUGAACAAUGGAAACGCUUGAUUCUCAAGAAGUCUGAUUCAUCUGGUCUCUUCAGACAGAACGUUGCCAAUAAAGACAGCCCCUACCUUAUUUCUCAUGAAGAUGCCAAGGUUGAAUUGGGCAAGCUUCCCCCUUUCAAGGAGGGCCCGAAAGUCACUGAUUCUGCUGUUGAAGAGAUACACUUCGUUUCUGGUUAA